AUGCAAGCUGCACUCUAUUCAAAACAUUCUACUGGUGGCAUCAGACUUGCCACUGUUCCGCGUCCAACAUUAUCAUCAACAAUAUAUGAAUCAACAUCCACUACUAUUAUUCGUUUCUUUCUCUUCAAAAUAAUCAAUAGUGUAUUCGUUUGCAUUGGUUAUUUAAUGUACCUAUUACGUUGGCUUAUUCCAACUAUUCCAGGUCCUUAUGGAGAAGUUGCCGAUCGUCAAUGGGUAUUAUGUCGCGUACAUUGCGGUGGAGUCAAUCCAGUAGAUGCAAAAUUUCUUUACGGAGAUAAACUACCUCAUUUCUGUUUGCCUCUAGUAAAAUGGUUUGUUGAAGAUCGAAUUUGUGGCAUUGACUUUAGUGGUGUAGUUAUAGAAGCUCCUCCAGGAUGUGGAUACACAGCAGGAGACGCAGUAUUUGGAACAAUUCCUCCAUUCUGUGGUUCAUUUGCAGAAUAUGUACGUGCACCAACAGAUUUCAUUAGUCAUAAACCUAAGAAUAUGUCGUUUGCCGAAGCAUGUACAAUUCCUUUAGUUGGCUUAACCGUCGUUCAAGCCUUUGAAGAUAAUAAUUUAACGGAUGGGCAACAUGUUCUCGUUCUAGGUGCGUCUGGUGGAACUGGAUAUGUUGCUGUACAAAUAGCAAAAAUAAAAAAAGCAAGAGUAUCUGCAUUGGCUGGUUCACGAAACGCCGAGUUUGUUAAGAAUCUCGGUGCAGACGAUGUUCUCUGCUAUGAUCAUUCUGUAGAUAUUUUGAAAGAUUUACAUUCUAUUAGGUCCAUUCAUGGUCCAUUUGACUUAGUCUUUGAUUCUGUAUCGUCUCAUGAUCCACAAGAUUCGAAUUUUGCUUAUGAAACUCGAAUCCAUAAUUCAAAGCCGAAAUUAAUUACUGGAAUGUACAUUUUGAUUGGAGGGGUGGUAACGGAUUGGAUACUUGCACAUAUGAAACGAUUUUUUGGUAUCGAUUGGUUCGCCAAAGGUAGACAACUAUUCUGGGUUAGAUUUCCGAAUAGCGCUAAGAGACUUGAAUUACUUCGUUAUUUUUGUGAAACCAAUCAAUUGAAAGUAACAAUCGCCAACCGUCUUCCAUUUACAGAAGAAGGCAUUCGAGAAGCAUUUCGACUGCAAAUGACUCGUCGUACUGUAGGUAAAAUAGUUAUUGAAAUUGUACCUGAAAAGUAA